CUUCGCCUGCUACGCCGUCGCCGGCCUCAGCACCAUGACCACCUCAUUUCCAUCUUCUGAGUCAUGUAAUGCAUGCCAUGGCUCCGCCGGGACGACUUCUUGUGGCCAUGCCUCUACUUUUCUCAGCUUACUAUACAUGCCCCAGGUCGCUAAUGAUCAUGACAGUAGUCAGUCUGCAGUAACCUUCUCCCCGGCCAAGCACUACAAGAGUGGAUUUGAUGAACUUUCAUUCUUCGAACAUGACGAUGCAGUAACAUGGUUGCAUGGAUCAGGACCUUCACCGGAGAAGGAACCAGUCACCAAGUAUCAGGAAAGCCUACACAACAACUCCGGCUAUUUGACACUUGGUGUUUGUUCCACCACCACUAGUUUGUCGGAUUCUUCUCAUGGAUCAUCUCCGGCAGAGGUGUCCGUUUUUGGAAAGGCUGCUUCUAGUGCCACCGUUGUCCCAUCGUCGAGGAGAAUGUAUUUGGACGCUUCAAGUGGAAAUACUUACAGUAACGACAUGGGGAAUUCAGCGGCUUCAACAGGCCAAGGUGACAACGCAGCGCAGAGAGAAGCAAGGAUCUUAAGGUACAAAGAGAAGAAGAGUAAGAGAAGGUAUGAGAAGCAAAUUCGUUAUGCAGUGAGAAGUGCUAAUGCUGAAAUGAAACCACGGGUAAAGGGCCGCUUUGCAAAGAAUUCAAAUUCCACCCAACCGAUGCCACGUCCUUAAUUAACACAGCACCAAACCAAUAACUAAUAAUUCGUGCAGAAAGGUUUCAUUGCCUAAUUAUGUCACCAUUAAUUAUUGUGCUAAUUAAGCAUUAUUAUUACAAUGUUUGUCAUUGGCUUGACGAUUUAU